AUCAGUCAUAGCAAAAAUCAUUGGCAACAAUGUGCAGAAGUCCAACAGAUUUGAUCCUGUCGUCAAGAUGUGGGUAUUUGAAGAGAUCAUCAAUGGAAGAAAACUCUCAGAAAUAAUCAACAGUGAACAUGAGAAUGUGAAAUACCUUCCUGGUUACAAGAUACCUAAAAAUGUGGUGGCCGUCCCCGACGUGGCUGAGGCAGCGAGCGGCGCCGACGUCCUCGUGUUCGUCCUACCCCACCAGUUCAUCGGGCGCAUCUGYGAGCAGAUCGCGGGGCGGAUCAAGGCCGGAGCGUUCGGGAUUUCGCUGAUCAAAGGCAUUGACGAGGGCCCCGAAGGCCUGAAGCUCAUAUCAGACAUCAUUCGAGAGAAACUGAACAUCGAAAUCAGCGUCCUCAUGGGAGCCAACAUCGCCAAAGAGGUGGCCGAGGAGAAGUUCUGUGAAACCACCAUCGGGUGCAAAAGUGAAAAACAAGGACARAUCUUCAAAGAAUUAUUGCAGACCCCCAACUUCAGGAUUACUGUGGUGGACGACUGUGAUACAGUGGAGAUCUGUGGAGCCUUAAAAAACAUCGUGGCAGUAGGAGCGGGGUUCUGCGACGGCCUGGAUUUUGGUGACAACACCAAGGCAGCCGUUAUCCGCUUGGGCCUCAUGGAGAUGGUGGCCUUCGCCAAGAUGUUCUGCAGGGGACCCGUGUCCAUAGCCACCUUCCUGGAAAGCUGCGGUGUGGCCGACCUCAUCACCACCUGCUACGGGGGGCGCAACAGGAAAGUGGCCGAAGCCUUUGCUCGCACCGGGAAAUCCAUAGAGGAACUGGAAAAUGAGAUGCUGAAUGGGCAAAAACUGCAAGGGCCUCAGACUUCCGUGGAAGUCUACAAAAUCCUGAAACAGAAAAACAUGCUUGAUAAGUUUCCAUUAUUCACAAGCGUCUACCAGAUCUGCUAUGAGGGGAGAGCAAUCCAGGAUUUCAUCUCGUGCCUGCAGAACCACCCGGAGCACAUUUAGAAAUACACUCCGCUUACCUGCCUGUGUACUCGUCUGUGUACUYGUCUUUUCAGGACUCUGACUUCUGCCCACUGCACAGCAAAUGAAGUCGACAAAUGGAUUGUGCAACACUUGCUGUAAAAGCAGCACAGAAUGUAUUUCAAUAUCCUCAUUCUGGGGGUAAAAAGAAAAAAAAAAYCUGCCUUCAAUUUCAUCAUUAUACCCCAGGAAGGGGAAGUGAAUGGAUAAUUUACUGUAGUUUGAUUUUGGUUACUAAUUCAGGCAUUAGCCCAGGAUUAUUUUCUUGCUGAUUAUCAGWAACAGUUGCCCAUGCUAUUUCCCCUAACAAAGUUCAGUAUUGCUCACAAUAGGCUCAGCAUUUUGCCUACUGAUGGUAAAUCAUGGUAAAAGUGAUGGUAAAACAUCACAAGAUGUAGAAAAUGUAAAGAGCUCCUCAAAAGAGAAAAAGUGGUAUGAGUUGCCUCAUAUUUUUUGAGUUGCCUCAAAAAUUUUUGCCUCCCAAACACAGUUAUUGGGACAUUUUGUAAUUAGUGACAUUUAAGCCUCCCUUGCUUUUGUUGCCCUUAUAUAAGCAUCUUCAUGGGGGAAAGGAGGGGAGGAAAUAUUGUUAUUGUGCUCAGACAUGCAUGAAUGUUCCUUAGAUGGAAAAAUCUGAUUUUUAUUUUGUAUAUAGAAUAUAUUCCUUUCAAGUACAGUUUUGUUUUUUUUUUCUAACUAAUCAAAUACAUCCAUCUUGGUAUAUGGAUUUCUUAACCGUGGUACCUGGCUUUCUUAACCAGUAGUAUUUGUUAAGGAGUGCUAGCUGAGGGGAGAACAGUGAAGGAGCGAUAGGACUUACACACAAUCUGCUCGCGUCCUGUUCAACGGUUCCUUUGAGGACUUCAGAAGUGACCCCUCCGAUACUUGACUUUUUCUAAAUGCACAAAAGAGACCGCUAGACACGCACAGAAUUCCUAUAAAGUCAUGUCUGAAAGCGAGCUGCUUUUAGACUCCUCCAGAAAACCACUGGACAGAAACCAUGCAACUCCGCGCAUCUUUCCCGGGACUGCAAGGGACUCGUGCCCUGAUUCUGCUGUACAUUAAGCAAAGCAUCACACUCCACCCUCCUGAAGCGAGAUGCCUCUACCUGCUUCUGAAUUUUAGACACUAACUGGUACAUGCACCAGUUUUUAAUUUUGCUACUGACAGCAUUAAUUUUAGAAAUUUGACUUUUUAAACSUGCUAGCUGUACUUGGGUACCUUUACAUACCUGAAUGUUUUUCAGAGUUGAAAGCCAUCUAGGAAAUGAACAGUGGCAUGUUU